GGGCCGCGGCCGGCAGGAUGCGAGGAGCGGGGCGGCGGCGGCGCGGGGCGCUGCCCCUGCUGCUCUUGCUGUGCGGGCUGUGCGCGGCCGGGGGGCCGCCCGGCGAGGCCUGCGCCGCGCCCUGCUCCUGCCGCCGCGGCCUGCUGGACUGCAGCCGCCUCCGCCUGCCGGGGGGGCCGGGCGCGGGCCGCCGGAGGAUCCCGCCGCUGCCCGCCGGCACCACGGGCCUGGAUUUAAGUCAUAAUCACUUACAGUCCUCUAACUGGAGUAUUGGUUUGUCUAUUCACACACUGCAAGAAGUGAAGAUGAAUUACAAUGAGCUAAGUGAAAUUCCCUACUUUGGAGAACCAACUUCUAAUAUUACUGUUCUCUCAUUAGUUCACAAUACAAUUCCAGAGAUAAAUGCUGAGCAGCUCCAACUCUACCUUUCGUUGGAGAACCUAGACCUUAGCUCUAACCUCAUAUCAGAAAUUAAAGCUUCUUCGUUCCCACGAAUGCAGUUGAAGUACCUGAAUCUGAGUAACAACAGAAUAACUACCCUAGAAGCAGGCUGCUUUGAUAAUUUGUCCAGUUCUCUAGUGGUGGUGAAACUAAACAGAAACAGAAUUAGUAUGAUUCCACCAAAGAUCUUCAAAUUGCCUCAUGUGCAAUUCCUGGAACUUAAAAGGAACCGGAUUAAAAUAGUGGAAAGUCUUACAUUCCAGGGUCUGGAAUCCUUAAAAUCAUUAAAAAUGCAGCGCAAUGGGAUUAGCAAACUAAUGGAUGGAGCAUUCUUUGGAUUGGAUAAUAUGGAAGAACUAGAACUGGAACAUAAUAACCUGACAGAAAUAAACAAGGGCUGGUUGUAUGGCUUGCGAACGUUGCAACAACUCUACGUUAGCCAAAAUGCCAUUAACAGGAUCAGUCCAGAUGCAUGGGAAUUCUGCCAAAGACUUUCUGAACUAGACUUGUCAUACAACCAGUUGACCCGCCUGGAUGAGUCUGCCUUCGUGGGACUUGGCUUAUUGGAGAAAUUAAAUCUGGGUGACAACAGAAUCAUUCACAUUGCCGAUGGUGUCUUUAAAUGGCUGUCAAAUCUUCAAACUCUAGAUUUGCGGAACAACGAGAUCUCUUGGGCCAUAGAAGAUUCGAAUGAAGCCUUUGCAGGUCUCAGCAGACUCAACAAAUUAAUCUUGCAAGGAAACCAGAUCAAAUCAAUUACAAAGAAAGCAUUCUCUGGCCUUGAAGCACUGGAACAUCUAGAUUUGAACAACAAUGCAAUAAUGUCUAUCCAAGAAAAUGCUUUUGCUCAGACUCACUUUACUGAGCUGAUGUUGAACACCAGCAGCCUACUCUGUGACUGCCAGUUGAAAUGGCUGCUUCAGUGGCUCAUUGACAGCCAUUUACAACAGGCUGUAAAUGUUAGCUGUGCUUACCCUGAAUGGUUAGCUGGACAAAGCAUUCUCAAUGUGAAUCCUGAAGACUUUGUCUGUGAUGACUUUCCUAAACCACAGAUAAGAGUACAUCCUGAGAGCACAAUUGCUCUAAGAGGCAUGAAUGUGACUUUGACUUGCACUGCAGUAAGCACCAGUGAUUCACCAAUAUCCACUGCAUGGCGUAAAGACAGUGAAGUAUUGUAUGAUGCAGACAUUGAGAAUUUUGCCAGGUAUCAGCAGCAAGAUGGGGAGGUCCUUGAAUACACCACAGUCCUGCAUCUUUUCAAUGUGAAUUUCACCGAUGAAGGGAAAUACCAGUGCAUUGUCACCAAUCACUUUGGUUCCAAUUAUUCCAACAAAGCCAAACUGACUGUCAAUGAGCUGCCUUCCUUUCUGAAAACCCCCAUGGAUCUAACUAUCCGUACUGGGGCCAUGGCCCGACUUGAGUGUGCCGCCGAGGGCCACCCCCCUCCACAGAUCUCAUGGCAGAAAGACGGUGGCACAGACUUCCCUGCAGCACGAGAGAGGCGAAUGCAUGUUAUGCCUGAAGACGAUGUGUUCUUCAUCGCAAAUGUAAAAAUAGAAGAUAUGGGAAUCUAUAGCUGUAUGGCACAAAACAUCGCAGGAGGUCUAUCAGCAAAUGCCACAUUGACUGUAUUAGAAACUCCUUCAUUUGUUAGGCCUCUAGAAGACAGGACAGUAACCCGAGGAGAAACGGCCGUGUUGCAAUGUAUAGCUGGUGGCAGUCCAGCCCCUCGCCUGAACUGGACUAAAGAUGAUGGGCCUCUGACAGUAACAGAACGACACUUCUUUGCUGCUGCCAAUCAACUCCUUAUCAUUGUGGAUGCUGGGUUAGAGGAUGCUGGGAAAUAUACAUGCAUUAUGUCCAACACACUUGGCACAGAGCGUGGCCAUAUUUACCUAAAUGUUCUAUCUUCCCCAAAUUGUGAUUCCUCCCAGAGUGGUAUCUUACAUGAGGAAGAUGGCUGGACGACAGUCGGCAUUGUGAUUAUUGUUGUAGUCUGCUGCGUUGUGGGCACCUCUCUAGUGUGGGUUAUAGUUAUAUAUCACAUGCGAAGGAAAAGUGAAGACUACAGCAUCACGAACACAGAGGAGAUGAAUUUACCUGCAGAUAUUCCCAGUUAUUUAUCCUCCCAAGGAACUCUUUCUGAACCUCAAGAAGGCUACAGCAACUCAGAGGCAGGAAGCCAUCAACAGCUUAUGCCUCCUGCAAAUGGCUAUGUGCACAAGGGAACAGAUGGUGGCACAGGGCCAUUAGUGAUCUGCUCAGAUUGUUAUGACAAUGCAAACAUCUACUCCAGGACCCGUGAAUACUGUCCUUAUGCAUACAUCACAGAAGAGGACUCACUGGAUCAUACAUUGUCCAGUCUCAUGGUACAAGUGCCCAAGGAGACCUAUCCAUCUCUCACACAACAUGAAGCCAGCACUCUGGAUCGUCUUAUAGUAGACAGAGAAAUGUCUGCCUUUCUUACCCAUCAUGACAGAAUAAAUGAGAAGAAAUUCUCAGCCCAGCAGACAAAUAAUGAACCUUUUCAGCUACCCUUGUGGGGACUAAACAGAGACGUAGGGUUGUCGCGCACACGCUUCCCACAGCAGCAGUCAGUCCAUGAGGAGGCCCCUCAAGCUCUCCGAAGUGAGGGAGCCAUUGACGGUGACCGAGAACAGGCUGUUUCACCCAGACCUUGCCACAGGUUACGUGAACAUAACUUUGAUUUUAACAGGACUCAGAACAUUCAGGAAUUUGGUGAAGCCACAUAAACAGCAAAGUGAAGCUUUGGAAGCAAAUUCAGGUCAACUGACUUUGUAUUUUCUACCUCAGGAUUAACCCCUUGCCCAAAGAUGCUGUAUACACAUCUACAAUUAUAAGCUGAGUGGACCAAGACAGACUCUCUCAGCUAGGAGUGGGAGGAUGGCACAAACUUUUGUCUCUUGGAUUUACUUGUGUUGGAAAGAUGGGGAUCCACAGCAUUAUAUUAUGGUUGGACAAUUUUGGUGAAUGAAGUGAACUCCACUACAAGAGUAUUGGAAGGCAUGAGCAUUCUGAUGUCCUAUCAACACAGGCUGUCUCUGUUUUGAAAAUUCUAUCCAAAAGGUUUAGCUGUUUCAUGCUCCCCAUAGAAUUCUCCAGUAAUUGCAAACAUACAGCUCUUGGCCAGCUUUCUCUUCCUUUAGUCUGCUAGCAGGAGUUGCAUCAUUGUCAGACGGGUAACUUUGGAAGGUUGUUUUUUCUCCUAUGAGUAAAGUAGUGCUCCUAUGAGUAAAGUUCAGGGGUUCUCAAACUUCAUUGUACCAUGACCACCUUCUGACAACAAAUUACUACAGGACCCCAGGAGGGGGGACCGAAACUGAGCCCACUGAAGCCCUGCUACCCAGAGGGGGGGCAAAACCCCACUGCCCCAGGCCGGGGGGCCAAACCCAAAGCCUGAGGGCUUUGCCACAGGCAGGAGGCCUGUAACCUUAAUCCCACUGCCCAGGGAUGAAGCCCUUGGGCUUUGGCCCUGGGCCCCAGCAAGUGUCAUUAAAAUGGGGUCGUGACCCACAGUUUGAGAACUGCUGCUCUAGUUGUAAAUAAAUUUGCAUUUAUAAAUAUUUUGUAUACACGACACACAUAAAUGUGUUGGCUGUAAUGUAAAUAUUUUUUAUUAUGCCAAAAAUACUGUAACAUCCUGUUGUAAUCUUGAGAACUGGCUAUCAAACCAUAAAGAUUUGUUCUGAUUUGGU